CCGUGUGACCGGGCGGUGGUAGCUGGUGUCCGGCAGGUACUUCCAGCCGGUCAUUGUCUCCAGAGUCGGAUGGGUUCUUGUGGAUAUCAUCCAUAAACGUUGUUAGAUUAUCUCUAUGGAGACUGCGAGUACUUGGAUUUUAAAAAUUCCAGGAAAUUGAAUAUAAUUGGAAAGAGGCAAAGGCGCAGUGGUCAAAUGUGUGCUGUUUCUUAGCAAUUUUGAAUUGCCCAUCUAGUCUGUCGAAGCCUGAUUUCAGUCGCCCUUGGAAUAACAGCUCUCAUUUUGCUGAUUAGAAUUCUGGUCAGGCCUCUGCUACUCCUAGCUUCACGUGAAAGAUGGUGAAGGAAACUGCAUUCUAUGAUGUUUUGGGGGUUAAGCCCAAUGCAAGUUCAGAUGAACUCAAGAAAGCGUACAGAAAACUAGCUUUGAAAUACCAUCCUGAUAAGAAUCCAAAUGAAGGUGAAAAGUUUAAACAGAUUUCCCAAGCUUAUGAAGUACUGUCUGAUUCCAAGAAACGUGAACUAUAUGACCGAGGUGGUGAACAAGCCAUCAAAGAAGGUGGUAGCGGUGGUGGUGGAUUUGGCUCGCCAAUGGACAUCUUUGACAUGUUCUUUGGUGGAGGAGGCAGAAUGCAUAGAGAAAGGAGAGGAAAAAAUGUGGUCCAUCAGCUUUCUGUGUCAUUGGAGGAUAUGUACAAUGGAGCCACUAGAAAAUUAGCCCUACAGAAGAAUGUAAUAUGUGAGAAGUGUGAAGGUCGUGGUGGCAAGAAAGGCUCAGUAGAGUGCUGUCCUGUUUGUCGAGGAUCAGGUAUGCAAGUACGAAUUCACCAAAUCGGACCAGGGAUGGUUCAACAAAUUCAGUCUGUGUGCCAAGAAUGUCAUGGCCAAGGAGAGCGCAUCAACCCCAAGGAUAGAUGCAAAGUCUGCAGUGGAAGAAAAAUUGUUGUGGAAAAAAAGAUUCUGGAAGUUCAUAUUGACAAAGGUAUGAAGGAUGGACAGAAAUUAACAUUCCAUGGCGAAGGUGACCAGGAACCUGGAUUAGAACCGGGAGAUAUCAUUAUUGUCCUUGACCAAAAAGACCACGGUGUCUUCACCAGGCAAGGGGAAGAUCUAGUCAUGCAAAUGGAACUAGAAUUGGUAGAGGCUCUUUGUGGCUUUCAGCGUCCAAUCACAACUUUGGAUAAAAGAGUUAUUAUCAUUACAUCACAUCCUGGUCACAUUGUUAAGCAUGGGGAUAUCAAGUGUGUGUUGAAUGAGGGAUUUCCUAUUUAUCGUAGACCAUAUGAAAAGGGUCGUCUAAUCAUUCAGUUCAAGGUGAACUUUCCUCCAAAUGGUUCCAUCCACACAGAUAAAUUAGGCCUGCUAGAAAAAUUGCUGCCUCCUCGACAUGAGGUUGAUAUCACUGAUGACAUGGAACAAGUAGAUCUGGUAGAUUUUGAUCCACAGCAGCAAAGGCACCGCUACAAUGGAGAGGCUUACCACGACGAUGAGGAUGAUCAGCCUAGAACUGGGGUUCAGUGUCAGACUUCUUAAAAAUAGAUCAGCUUUGUGACUUAAAGUUAUAUUUGUGGAAGAUUUUAAGUAUGAAGACUGGAGCCUUGGUAAUCAUUUAUACAUGUUUAACAUCAUGGUUGUCUUACUUGUAGUUGGAGGAUAAGCUGUGUAUUGGAUGUUUGGUGUAUUCCACAAAAUUUAUUUAAAUAAAAGGUACUGUCUUGAGAUUAAUUUUACUUAAUCUU